AUGUGCUUCAGUUCGGACGAGGAGGACGAUGAUGACAGGAGUGACGUCACCGUAAACCUCUUAGCCGCGAGGAAGAAGCGCGCGCUGUACGCCACCAAGCUGCUGAUCGAGACGCCGCUCCUGGGCGUGUGCGCGCUCACUCUCUUGACCGCCUGGGCGCACUGGGCCCCCGACGCGCGCGCGAGCGGGGCGCCGCUUGACGUCUACGCGCUCACGAACAACCUGUUCAUCAAAGGCGACAUCGAGCUGCUCGAUUUGUACGCCAUCACGCCGGCCUGGGCUGGGGUUUACAUGCCGUUCCGCCGCUGUACUGACGACGUGUCUGAGCUGGUGUCAGCGGUCCAGGAGUGCUGCGAACUCCGGAAGGCAUUGCCGUGA